CCUAACCUAAAAUACUAUUUGUGAGAAAAUAUGCACAAACAUAAUAUCAACAAUUAAUAAAUUAUAAAUUUAUAUAAUUAUACAUUCAGGCAUUUCUGUAAUAAACACUUUUUUCCAAAAUCUGUAUUAUUCCAAAUUCUAGUAUGGCUGACGAACUAGAUAUUGUGCCCCAAAUUACGGUUAAGGAACCCCUUGAUUUGGUACGAUUGAGUCUUGAUGAGAAAAUUUAUGUUAAAAUGAGAAAUGAUAGAGAGCUAAGGGGCCGCUUACAUGCUUAUGACCAGCAUAUGAAUAUGAUCUUGAGUGAUGUUGAAGAAACUAUUACAACAGUAGAGAUUGAUGAAGAAACUUAUGAAGAAGUUUAUAAAACGACAAAAAGAAAUAUUCCCAUGCUUUUUGUUAGAGGCGAUGGUGUUAUUUUAGUGUCUCCGCCAAUAAGAACCUCAUAAGUUUGUAUGACAUUACAGUGUAAGAUUAAAUUAAUGAGGAUUUAUACUUAAGGUUAUAUGAUAAGGAUUUUUUUUGUCAUCUUUUUUGAAUAAAAAUAGCAGUCUAUAAAUCA